AUGGUUCGUCUUUAUCUUUAUUCUGACAGCGUAUGCGGUUAUCAUAUCAAAGGUAUACACAAGGCCUUCGCUUCAAAUGAUACCGAAGGCAGGCAUAUUUGUAUUACUUAGUUUUGAUAAAAUGCCGUUAGAGUCUGGCGUUCAUAUGAUGAAGACAUCACCGACAUGAACUUUCGAGAAAUUGAGAACAUGGAUUCUCCAUUUUUUCUGUUCCCGACUUCGUCGCCAACCAAUAUAGAUGACACAAUGUACACCAGUGCGGAAUACUUAAAUGAUGCUUCCAGUUGUGAAAACCAAAUAGCUGAGAACUACAGUUCUGCAAAUAUUUGGGAGGGCAUGGAACCCUUGUCUGCCUAUUUCAUGUACAACAAUCAAAAUGUGCAUCACGACGUCGGAUACCAUAAUUCAGCAGAAGAUUACACUAUAACCUCACUGGAUGACGUCACAUUAUCAAACUAUACUACGACAUCAGAAUACGUUGGUGAAAUGUCAGAGUCGUCUGACACGGCUGAAGUGUCGUCUGCUUCAUCACCUAGUGCGGAGAGUGAAACAAGUACGUGUGAAGAAUCGGUGACAACAAAGUUAAAAUCGGUUUUAUUAUCUCGUCAAAGGAUGCACACAAGUUCGUCUGCGUCGUCUCUAUCGAGCGCAGAGUCAGCAACACGUUUGUCAGCCUCCAGAUACACCGACAAUCAUAUGCAUCAAUACGACACAAACAGCAGAUCUCUGCGUUUUCCACCUUGUUCUGUGUGCGGGGGAAACGCUUCCGGUCUGCAUUAUGGUGUCAACAGCUGCGAGCCAUGUAAAGGGUUUUUCACGCGCUAUUUGAGGCGCAAGGAAGACGACUAUUAUACAUGCAGUAAAGACGACAACUGUGUCAUAACUAAUAAAUUGCGCGGAAACUGCUCUGCGUGUAGACUUAAAAAGUGUCUUGCCCUCGGAAUGUCCAGAAAGAAUUCGCGCCUUGGUCGUUAUAGCCUUUCUCGGCGCAUGGAAACCAUAAUGCAAGUUCAUAAAUUGGAGAACAAUGCAGAGCGAGUGUCAGAAAUGCAACCUGAUCUUGUCUUCCAAACAGCUGCUCCCAUGCCUGCUGAAGCCCACCAAACCCUACUUAAUAAUUCUAGUGACGAUCCUAUUCAAGAAAAGGGCACUCCGCUAAAUGUAACAAACGUGCAAAGUGUUGGAAACUGCAAGCUAAAAGCUCCCUCCGGUUUCUCACAAAAGCUCGUCAAAGUUUUGACUGAUUAUAUGGAACAUAUUAAACCAUAUGGGGAAGAAUUGGUCACUGAAAAACAAGUUACUCAAAAGUUAAUGUCUCAUUAUGAAUCGUAUACGUUAAAAAUACAAAUGUUUGGCAAUUUGAAAACAAUUCCAAAGGAGGAAUACUUCCGAUUGCUAAACGGAUUUGGUAUAGAAAUAGAUAAGAGGAUGACCGUUUUGAAACAAGGGGCGAACGAAAUUAUGAACGUUAUUUCACGCUACUGUGAGUUUGCAAAACAUGUGCCGCACUUUAAACAACUAUCUAUUCGUGACCAAAGCAACCUUUUGAAGGCAUCUCGAUAUGACUUCUUUAUGAUUUUAAUGCACGAGGGUUACCUUAGGGAUCAGCAAGUGUUCCUUGCACAUAAUGGUGUCGCUUUCCACCAGGAGGAGGUCGCAGAUAAAUUCUUUUCCAGACAGCUAGUCGAAAAUGUUUGCGACAUGUACUACAGACUACAAAAUCUUAAACUUACACGCGAGGAAAAGGCUCUCCUUAUUGCUAUUUCAUUGGUAUUCACAGACAGAUGCGCCUUAGAAAAUCCAAAUCUUGUAGACCAAAUCCAGGUGUCCUUGACACAGCUUCUGCAGAGGCAAUUGGAAAAGACAAAUCCCAGUUCUGCGACCAGGAGAUUUACGAAGAUAAUUGACUGCUUGACAAUUAUGCGCGAAAGUUCGGAGCUUUAUUUAAUCGAAUACAAUCAGUUAUGCCAGGAUGAAAAGGUUAUCGGAGAGGUUCCUAUAAUGACAGAACUAUUGUUUGAAGACAAAUGAGAUUGGUAAAGGAUGUUGACUCGCAGUGUAACCGACAGUUGUUUAUAAAUGCAAGCGUAUUUUUGAUAAUAUUAUCACCCUGCAAUGAAUUUAUGACGAAAGUCAUAUGUAUUUUGAACGGACGUGAAUGUUGUAACAUAACGGGAAUUCAUUUAAACCGUUAUCUUAAAAGAGCAUCAUGACAUUUAAUAGCUUGAAACUGUUUUGAAAACCUUCAAUAGUUGUUUAUUGGAUUGGUUUCAUUUUACCUGUGCUCUUAUAUUAUACAAAUGUGCCCACUUAAGGACAUGUAAAGUUCAUACAAAUACACAAUAGCAUUAUAUGUAUACACCGAUCUAAUGUUGCUCUUUUUCCAGUAAAAAAGCGCGUAUGUACAUUAAUGUAUUAUUAUGGAUUAAUGUUUGAUUGUUUACAUCAUCUUCAAUUAACCAUAUAGCCAGAUAGUUGAGUUUUCUAUUUCUUGAAUAAUUGAGUUGAAAAGCGCUUAAUAUGUACUUCAUAGCAUCUGUUUAAUCCAAGCCAAGUCAUGCAUCUUUUGUAACAUAGUCCGAUGGGAUGACACAGUAUCGCAAGUCCAAAGAAGUGUUUAUUUAUAUUUUAUUCUGCUAAUUUACAAGUCCAACAAAUAUUAUAAUUAAUAAGAUACAUUUAGUAAUUUUCGAGAUCGUAAAAAACUGAAGUCCAAUUAUUCAAAAUGCGGUGGGCGGGCAGGCACUUACGGGCUUGUUCUGCGAUUCACAAAUAAAAUGAAUCCGAUGUAUAUGCUUCCCGAAGCUUCCCAAUACAAAAUCUGAUUCUCUUUGUAUACACAAUGGCUGCCUAUGGAUCUGGUAGCUACAGCAAACAUGAUGAUCAUAGACUUGGUCUAAAAUAUCGUAAUAUUUUAGAAUGAAAUGGGUUUAUUUGAUUUUCUUUAUUACAUCUAGUAGUCUGACCGCUAAUAUGUAUGAUCAUUGAGAUUCCGACGAUGUGGUUCAAUUUUAUUAUGUAAAACAGUCUUACAUUUAAAGUCUGCCAUACAACAAUGUUUUUCAUUUGAAAUAUUCGUCGCAGAUGUUUACCCGUGUAAACCAAUGUAUUUAAUGCUUUCCGGUGGUUUAUAGAGAAAUGUCAGUGAAUUAAAACUGAUAAUUUCACUGUUACAAACAAUGAAAAUUAUCAGUAUAAAUUAUCGAUAAUUUUCACUGUUUACUGUGAAAUGACGUCAUUUUUUUUACGAAAUGACGUCAUUAUUUUAGCGAAAUUCUUUAGUUAAACUCUUUAACAAUGUAUAUAAACUGUGAAAAAAAGCAUAAAAUAAAAAGAAAAUGUGUUGGAUUCUGUGGAAUAUCGACUUUAAUUCACUCGUGAUCAUAGAAAAUAUAUAUUUUCUAUGAUCUCUCGUGAAUUAAAAUCGAUAAUCCACCGAAUCCAACAAAUAUCCUUUAUGUAUUGUGUUACACUUUCCUUUAAUCCUAGUCUAAACGUGUAAUGUGUUACGUACCAAAAUUGCAGAAACAAUUUGAACGUCUUAGUUAAAUGUCUUAAAGUAAUUUAUACAUGAACCGAAUAAAUAUAAUACAAACACA